AGUCGCGCCAAAAGCUGCGCGCACAAUAACAAAGGACCCCCGAAGCCCCCGCUUCUGCUAUCUUCUGCUUGCCUCCUCUUUCCCUUCCCCCCUUCUCUUCCUGCACACCACUCUUGCACGCCUCUCUCUCUGUUUCUUUCUUCAAGCAACGUCAUCAUCUCGACGCGCCUUUUCGACGCGACGCAUCCGAGUUACUUCUUCGCGAACACUCUUAAACACUCAUCAUCAUGACUGGACGUGGCAAGGGCGGCAAGGGCCUCGGCAAGGGCGGCGCCAAGCGUCACCGCAAGAUUCUUCGUGACAACAUCCAGGGUAUCACGAAGCCUGCCAUCCGACGUCUCGCUCGUCGUGGCGGUGUCAAGCGUAUCUCUGCCAUGAUCUACGAGGAGACCCGCGGUGUUCUCAAGACCUUCCUCGAGGGUGUCAUCCGUGACGCCGUCACCUACACUGAGCACGCCAAGCGCAAGACCGUCACGUCUCUCGACGUUGUCUACGCUCUCAAGCGCCAGGGCCGCACCCUGUACGGUUUCGGUGGUUAAGCUACUGCUCCGACUUUUUGUGUGCAUAUACAGUGUCGCUGCUUGCGCAGGACACGCGGAGUGGAGAUGGCUUGCUCUUUGUUACAUUGAUUGAUUCAUCACGGCGUUAAGGAACUGGGACACUCGAGGACAAGGCGUCAGGGAGACGCUCUACAAGGAAAUGAAUAUCACCACAUAAACAAGAACUUAUGAAUGACU